AUCGUGAAUGCCGCAAUUAUCAACAUAGCAACGCUUAUAAAUGUAUAUAUAUAAGCGUUGAUGAUAGUUCGUGACGACCUAAACACUUUUUCAGUAAUUGCAACAAUGAAUCACACAGUAAUAAACUAGUUUGUUUCGAACUGCUUGCAAUUCUUUCUGUUGCAAACUCAAGCCAGGCAAGAACCAAAAUGCCUGUGUGCCCUGUAUGCGAUUCCAAAGAAUACGACAUCUGCAACGGGCUUUAUUUUUGUCGCAUAUGCAGCACGCAAUCGCAGGAUAUAGUUGAAGAGGAUCUUGAAAACGCUACAGAAAGUGUCGUAGGAAGGUUUAUUGAUAGAAAACAGAGAAGGAAAAGUAAACGUGUUCCAAAUUUCACAAUCGAUCCUGGAAAACCUUGGUUUACAGUAGAAGGAUUACAGGCACUGUUAAAAUGUCAGGUCCAGGCUCUAAUAUCACUUGGAUGUUCAAAGCGUUUGGACAAAGUGGUGCAGCAGAUUUGGUUCAAAUAUGUUCACAAGUGUGGAAUGGCAGUGAUUGACCCUCAGGUUCCUGUAUCUGGAAAACCUGCACCCCAAUGUUCAUCUUUUCGGGACAAUUAUUUAAACGGGGUAUUUGGGGACAAUAAACCAAAAGAUAACCCCUUUCCUACAACUAAAAACUUGGUAAUGCUCCGUGCUUCAUCAUUAGGAAAGAGAAGGAAAGAGUCUUCCUCAAGUUCUGAGGAGGACCCGAUCACGCCAAAAAAAGGACGACUUAAAAUAAAAACACCAAAAAAGGAAGAGAAAGAGCGUGUAAUUCCAUCAGAUGAAGAAUGGUUCUCUCUUGCUUCAGGUGUGGAAAGUGCUGAAUCAGACACGUCAUACCACAGUUCUGCUUCUACAAUGUCUGCUGCAAGCUUCAAAAAACUUGCGAACAAGAAAUUCAAUCAUUGGGGCCGUGAAAGACGAAAGGCUGGUGUUUUGUGCAAAGCCAAGCUUUUAUCCAUUCUAUAUGUAGCUCUUCAGUGGUGUAAAGAACUUAUAACUCCUGGUGACCUGCUAAAUUGGGUGAAGCAAGGCUACUUACCGUACAUAGAUGCUUUGCUUUGCCUGGAGCCGCAUAUGAAGAUUUCAGAUUAUGAUGGUGCAAACUUACAAAGAAAUAUCAUUCCAAGUUAUAAACAGUUUGUGAAGGUGUCAAGAUUAUUAGAGGAGUACGUGGAAAUGCCUCCUCUUCCGGAUGUUGACAUCUCCUCCCUGAUGGCUCGCUUUGUCAUCCAGGUCAAUCUUCCUCUGGAGAUAAUCUCUUUCAUCAAUAAUCUCAUCCGCAUCAACAACUUUAAAUACACAAGGGCAAAUGUUAGAACAACAGCCCUUACAGGUUAUGCACCAGAUCUCAUCUCAUGCGCUCUCAUUGUAGUGGCUCUGAAGUUGUUGUAUGGUAUCAAUGAUGUAACAGAGUGGACUGCUGGCAAUGGUAAUAAAAACUGUGACAAGAAGCAAGAAAAUGAUGAAACGUCGCAUAUAUGUCGAAAUUUUGAAUGGAAAUCCUGGAUGCAGUAUCAUCUAAACAGAAGGAAAGAAAGGAUGCAAAACCCCAGGAUUCUCUUCGAUGUAAGAGAUGCAGAGAAAGUUGUGGAUAUCCACUCUUACUUUGAGCAUUGGGAUGAAGUUAUACUUAAUUCUCAACUACACAAUAAAGAAACAACUGGUGGAAGGCAUCGACUAAAAUCAAUUGAAACGAAACAGUGGGUUAUGAGGAAACUUGUUGAAGCUCAAGGGAGUUUGGAUGAGAUCCAGAGGCGGGCUCAGCUCCGGGAAAAUCCUUUUGUCUUCCCAGCUCCAACUGAGGAGGAGGAUAUGAAGAGCAUGUGCAUCUGCAAAGGGUUGGACCGGCUAAAAAGUGGGAGUAUGGAGUAUGUGUUGAUACAAAACCCAAAUAGUAACAAGCAACUGAAAGACAGAAUUAAUUUCACUGAAUAUUCCGACUCCUACAAAUUCUUGCUUUCAAUUUUCUCUGAAAUAACCGCAGCUGAAAGAGAAAAAAUUCAUCACGAAGUUUGGAAAAUGGAAAAAUAUUUUAUUUUGGACUGUGUAAAAAAAGAAAUAAAAGAAAAAAAAUAAUUUUUGUUUGCUAUCUUUUAAUACUGCAGGGUCAGAAUAUAGGAGGCAGGAGCAUAAUCACUCUUUAAACAAGUGUGCAGCAGAGUAUAUAAACAAUUCUAACAUAUUCAUACACACGUGUGUAUUCAAUAGUACUCCUUUGCUUGAAAAUAAAUAUUUUCUUUAUCAAUUUUUAUACCAAAUUUCCCCUUUGCAUUUGGAGGUAUUGUCUUUGCCAUAUAAGCAGAAUGCAUUUCAUUCCAUAUGUACUAAUAGUGGUUAUUAAAACUAAAAGAUCGUACUGACAUGCUUGCUCUAAUCAUAAAAAAACAUCUUCUCAAUGCAGUUACUUUAUUGAACACCCAAAGCAACAAAAUACACAUGUGGCUGUACAAGAAGGGAAGAGGGAAUGACGCAGAAAGUAAUCGCCAAAACUAUUGGCUGGAAUAGGAGAUAAACCCUUUGAUCUGAACCCCUUAUACAUUCUUCCGUAUGUUCUGAUAGGCACGCUUCAUCGUGCAGUAUGAAUGUAAGCUCAUUAUGUACAAGGCGUUUUGUUUUAACUUCAAACCGAAUACAGUUAAAAGGCGCAAGCAAAA